CAGUCAUUUAUCGCGGCCGACGAUCCUAAUCCGAAAUAGGGACGUUUCUCGCCACUUGUGCUCGCACGCUUAUCAUUCCUAAUCGGAAAUCGCGAUCGUGAUUCAUUAGCGGGGCGUUAGUCUGCAGUGCUUCGGCAUUGCGCAUUCGUCAAGUUUGUCACGCGCGUUGACAUUUGCUUUCCGCCGUUCACCAAUAUCGGCGAAUCCUUUAGCGUAUCAGAUAAAAAAACGUGAAAGCUAAAAAAACAUGGUGGAUUGUUCGCGAUAAAAUGUGGCCGCGAAUCGCCACGGUUUCAUCUCUUCGCUUGCUCUAUAAAUAGAGCAAGUAGGUUAUUCGGAAAAUAUUCCAUCGCAAAAAAUGAAAAUAAUAACAUCGAAUGACGUAUGAUACAAUGAAUAACACGGAAUGAACGUCUCAUAUUAAUAUAUAAUGUAUCGUCCAGUUCGCAAUUAGAUCUCACAUUUUCGCGAACAUGCAAGUGUCAAUUCCUUCAGAAACGAGUUCCUUAAUCACAGUAUUUUAUUAAUGAGCAAUUUUGAAGUAUCAGCUGUUGGAUGGAGCAAUCUGUGAUUUCUUCUCAUUAGGAUUAUUAUGGAGAGUAAAAUAAUGUGAAGGGUCAUAGAAUAAAUUGAAAGCUGGAGAGCAACAUGAAUCUUUGCCGCACAAUUGUCUGACUGAGCUCUAUUCUGAGUUACGUGUCAUUGCGUUACGCACAAAUGCCAAGAUGUUAGACAACACUACUAAUAUGGAACUGAAUAAUGUGGGAAGCAAUAGGAGUUCCAUAUAUCUUGCGCUAUCAUUUCGAAAAUUGUGUCUGGCAACAGUUGGCUUACCACUUAUAUCGCUGUUGUUUUGUUUCAUCACGGCAUACAUAUUCCAACAAGAUGACAUUCAUGAAACUCACUGUAGGGUAUACAAUAUUCUCCCAUCAAUCUCAGCUAUUACAGGCGUAUCUCCUCAGAGAUAUCUAUGGCGAAUCAGCAUAGCAUUACAUAUUGGACCUAGACUGGUUAUUGCCAGUGUUUAUCAUUCAUAUUAUUACAACAUACUUAAGAGCAUUGAAGAUGUGCCUCUAAAAAUUAUGGGGAGUAGGCUCCUAAAUUUAUGCUAUUGGCUAAAUAUUGCCGAGGUAGCAGCUCUAUGUGGUGUAACAUAUAUUUCUAACAGGGAAAAUUAUUCGGUACACGAAAAAAUUUUCAUAGCAUUCAUGAUUAGUUCGCUCAUGUACAUGCUGACUGCUGUAAGAUUAGGUCGCCUAAUAACUCCAAAUGCACAAAGCCUUCAGUACAAACAGGCGCUCUUUAUGACGAGUCUCGUCAGUACAAUUGGUCUUAUUAUCUUUUUCUUGAAACAUCGACUGCUGUGUCACGAUUUGGCAUUUAGUUGGUUCUCGCUAUGUGAGUAUGUGAUAGCUUUUGCAAAUAUGGGUUUUCACAUCACUGUGGUUUUGGAUUUUCCAAAAGAGCAACUGAUCGUAGGUCACGAUUUACCUGCCGCGAAAAUAGAUUAACCUUUUAGGAUAAUAUAUCAUUCUCAUUGUCAUAUUAAAGUGCCUAUUGCCUCUGCAUGGAAGUGCUAUAAAUCAUGGUUCUUAAGAGGUGAACAUUUGGCACAAUAUACAAUAUGCAGUAUCAUAAUUAUCUCAGUUUUAUGAUAUUUUAUAAAAUUAUAAUGUGUUCUAUUGUUGAGAUUAAUAUAAUUUGCUUCCGCGAUUUUUAAUAGAGAAAAUACUCGAUGUAUGUACUAUAUUAUACUUAUUUUUACAUUUAUACUAUUUUGCAAUAUCAAUUAUAAUAUUCAAUUAGUGAGCAUGAAGGGAUAUCUGAUUUGAAAAAUGAAAUGGAAAAUCUAGCGCUUCCAAAGUGUGGCACUGGUUACUUUCAAAACGAUGAAAUAUGUAACGGCCUUUUAAUAUCGGUUAGCAAUAGAGUAUUAUAUGAUUAUAGUAAACAAUAGCUUAAAAAGUAUUCUACAUACAAACAGCAUUUGACAUUAGUGUAAAUUGAAUAUUAUUACUAGUGUAAAUUGAAUAUUAUUACUGCGUCGUAUGAGAUUACUUCUAAAGACUUUUGAAUCUUUUUUUAUAGAGACUUUUACAAGGUGAGAAUUCUAGUCAAACAUUAAUUAAUUCUAGUCGCGAUACAUUUUAUUCGCUUUACACUAUUCUUAUUUCAUGUCAUUAGCUAAAACUAGAUUGUAGAAUGCAAAGUUACAUCAAAUGGAUUUUGAGAUAUAAUUAUAAUUAUUAAAUGUAUGUAUAUAUUUUUAAGUUAUUGCAAAGAUAUAGAUGUACAAUUAUAUGUUGUUGGUAAAUCACAGAAAUCUUAUAUAAGUUACAUUCAUUCACCUUGUAAGAGAGAUUAAUUAAUCUUGUGAGAUAAUAAAAUAGCUAAUGUUUGAGAUAAUAAAAUCAGCUAAUGUUCAUGAGCUGUUCUGUUCAGCAUUAUUGUACUACAAACAUAGGAUACCUAUGUUUGUAUGUAGUAUACAAUAAUCUUGAUAAUAUAGCAAUUAUCCGGAUUCUAAUGAUUAAAACAGUCGCAAUCGUAUUAAAAUAUUUAGACGGGGAUUGCAUUCGGACCAGCUUUUUCAAGAGAUAUGAUCUAAAUUUCUCACGCGAAUUUAUAAGACAAUGUUGACAAACAAAAAUUUCUACAAAAUUUUAUGAUUACCC